GCGAUCAGUCGCGUCAGAGAAGCACAGUGCGGCGUGACAAGUGAAGAACAGAACACGAUAUCAUCCUACAGGAUUUAGUAUCCCGAUAAAAUACUGUCAAGGAUAUAUAUUCACGCAAGAGGCCUGAAAACAGCACUUUAGUUGAACCAGCCUUUCCACGACGGUGUCCGCCAUCGGUCGUAAAUCGGUUACUUGAUUGGUCUAGAAAAUAUUCGGCUGGAUAUAUUAAUGUGCCUAUUUUAAUAUAGAAUUAUAUAUCAUUAAAUAAUAUUCAUUCCACUCAUAGCUACUACAUGAGUUUAUUUAAGGAAUCAUUUAUUGUGCUAUGAAUUUUGGUAGCUGGAUACAAGUCGGUGUGUUAUGGACUAUUUUUGUAAGCGGAGUGAGAAAAGUCGUGUGCCGGUGUGCAAUGCGGUUACUUUGAUAGCAUCGUAAGCUCAUUGACAGUUUACAAGUUCGAGUUGAGGUGUGAAAAGGAUGCACUCAAUGUGAUGUUUCAGUUUUUUAUAUGGACUUAAUCAAUCGCCAUGGAUGAUAAAACAAAGGACGCUUUAUCACUUUUAACCUUUUUAUGUUAUGUGUGUCUGUGUGCGAGUCACGACUCUUACUACUUUAGCCGGAAGCCAGAGAGUCAGUCUGUUGCCGAAAAUAGUGAAGUCAUCCUCUAUUGUGAUGUUUCCAAGAGACAGUUCAUAGAAUUCAGCUGGCUGUUAGGAGAAAAGCAGAUACAGGACACCAGCCGGAGAUUUCAGGAGGGUAGCAACUUAAGGAUACUUCGUGUAACGCGGAAUGAGGAUGAAGGACCAUUUAACUGUGUCGCUACAAACAGAUCAACCAAUUUUGCUUUGCAGAGUACAGACGCAAUGCUCAACAUUCAAUGGUUAGGAAAAACAGCAGAAGUUGAGCUCAGAAAACCAAAGCCUAGCGAAGUGGCCUUGGGUUCAGAACUAUCCCUAAAAUGUAUUGUCUCUGGAAAUCCAGAACCUACCUACCUGUGGUACCACAACAAUUUCAGACUGCUCAAUGUUAAAGAUCGGAAGAAAGUAUCCGGGAACAGGUUUCGAAUCACAGGAGUGACUGCAGAGGAUAAUGGGAUAUACUCGUGUCGGGCGGUGAAUGUCGCCGGGGCGGUUGAUAGCCCAGUGAAAUUCCUCCUAAACGUGAAAGCACCAAACACACCACAUUUGAUCGAGUCCCAGUUUACACGAUCCCUCUUGGUCCUGAAGAACGAGGUGGCUAGGCUUGAUUGUCCGUUCAUCAAUGCUUCCAGAAUCGAAUGGUUUGAUGAUCAUGCUAAGCUCUCCAAUAACACCAGGCAUACUAUUUUCAACAACGGAUCAUUGUACUUUCCAAGAGUUCGCCAGGUUGACGAAGGUUUUUACAGAUGUGAAGGACUUGGAGACAACCGUGACAUUCCUGCCCAAAGAUUCAUGUCCGAACUCAUACUGGCCCAUCUUGACAAGUUUACGCCAAUUUCAUUUGAGCCAAGGUUGAUGUCCAACUUCCCGAUGGUGCUGCCAUCUCACAGCCGAUUUGUUGUAAAGGUGUUCCAACCUAGUGGUCAGCCUGAGCCUACACUAAGAUGGUAUGAUCGUAACGAUUUGCUGAUUGGGGAUUCUGGUCAGAUCCACGUGGAAGAAGACAACCUUGUCUUUGAGAACCCACAGGAAAUGGAUUCUGGGAACUACACAUGUGUUAUUGUAAACAUUGCUGGAGAAAAACGUCAAAAUGUUUGGAUCACCGUUUCAGUGCCCCCUAUCAUCCGACGGCCACCACAGCCUCAGGAGGUCGAGGAGGACGGCUUAGUGACCUUCAACUGCCAGGCGACUGGUACCCGACCCCCUGUUACCACAGUGAUAUGGGACAAAGACGGCGAAUAUGUGAAAUCGGGGUCAAGUCGCCAUCGCAUGGAUUUAAACAGAGGAACACUGACAAUUAGUGAUGUCCAAAUGCAAGAUGCUGGAGCAUACGCUUGUGUCGCAAAUACCACGGGACAGGAUCUUGUCUUCUCUGAUAGGGCCUACCUUCGUGUCAGAAAAAAGCUGAAGUUUGACCCUCGACCAGAGAAUACCUUCAUCGAGCUUCUUGACCAGGAUGCCAGCGUACCAUGUUUUGCUGAGGGAGAUGGACAAGUCCGCAUCAAAUGGUUUAAAGAUGGGCGCAUCAAUAUUGCUCCACAUGUCGCGAAUGUCGAAGGAACUCUUCACUUCUACAAAGUACAGCGAUCUGACUCCGGUCUGUAUACCUGUCAGGCUUACAACGACAAGCAGGGAGCCAUCGAUGUCACCAUCAACAUCGACGUUGUCGAACGUCCGCGAUUCCAAGUACAGCCGAAGAAUGCCACAGUGUUUGAAGGUCAGUCAGCCAUGUUACACUGUGUUGCCAGUGGUGACCCGCCUCCCAUGAUCAUCUGGGACAAGAACUACUUCACAGAUGACUUUGACAAGACACGCGUCAUUAAAUACAGCAAUGGAACAUUAUACCUCAGCAAAGUUUAUAUUCAAGACAAAGGAAAAUAUGGAUGCACAGCAAACAACACAGCUGGGUCUAUCCGCAGGGAAGCUUACUUAAAUGUUGCUACUACCAACGACUACAAUAAGUCCGCUGAACCAGAUGAUGAGGAAGGGUUUGACAUGAUGAAGACUAUCAUUAUAGCCGUGUGUAGUGCAGCCGCAUACCUCGCACUUGUGAUUGGGCUGACUGCCUUCUGCAGUUACAGAAUGCUGAUGCAGAGAAGGAACCGCAAAUCUCUCGUGAAGUCGGAGAACGGGGACAUCAGUAGGGAACAACACGAGUUACUGAUGAAGGAUCGGGACAGUGAGUCGAGGACACCCUUCCGUAGUGACAGUGACAACAGGUCCCACGUGUCGGGAAUGUCCUCUCAGCCGUCCCACUCGUCCCAGUCCCAGUCCCAGUGUCCCUCACACGCCCGGAGUCGCCGGGGAAGCUACGACAGACUUCUAUUCCCCCGACAAAACUUGCAGACCCUUGGCAUGCUUGGGAAAGGUUCGUUUGGUGAUGUUUUUCUAGCCAAAGCACGAGCUAUCCGAGACAGUGAACCUGAAACUCUUGUCCUUGUCAAGACGCUACUCAUCAAAGAUGAGCAGCUGUACUUCGAGUUCAAACAGGAAUUGGAUAUGUUUGCUAAGCUUGACCAUCCAUACAUCGUUAAGUUACUGGGUGUCUGUCGCGAGGUGGAACCUCAUUUCAUGAUCACAGAAUACUGUGAUUGGGGGGACCUGAAGCAGUAUCUACUGGCCACACGCAGUGACAAUGGUCUCCGAAUUAAUCGUGUACCACCUCUCUCCACCGGACAGAAACUCAACAUGUGCCACCAGGUGGCACUAGCCCUUGAGCAUCUGUCCAAUCACAGAUUUGUACACAGAGAUGUGGCAUCACGGAAUGUGAUGCUGACAUCAAACCUGAGUUUGAAGCUUUCAAGCAUGUCCAUGUGCAGAGAUGCUUAUGCAUCAGAGUAUUACAAUAUUCACCAGAACCUUAUUCCUCUCCGAUGGCUGCCUCCGGAGGCAGCAUUGGAUAAUGAUUAUUCCACAAAAAGUGACGUGUGGUCUUUUGGGGUUUUCGUUUGGGAAGUGUUUCAUCUAGCAGACUUGCCGUAUUUAAGCAUGUCAAAUGAGGAAGUAUUAAAAAGACUGCGAGUGAGAGAUCUUCAGCUGGACAUUUCAUCAGAUCUCUGUCCAAUGGAAAUUACAGACCUGAUACAUAAGUGUGUGAAUGAGAGCCCCCGUGACAGGCCCCAAUUCAGUGAACUCUGUAUUUACAUUGGUGAUAUCAUAACAGGGGUGCAACCUGGCAUGAACAAGAGCUGAGGAAGGUCAAAGUUCAAAGGUCACACCAACAUACUGCUGUUUCAACAUUUUUGGUUCACUGAGAUUUUGUUAGAUUUUAUUGGUAGACUGUCACACAAUAUCUGUCUACCCUUCUGUAGGCUUGAAUUGGAGAUCUGUCUGUCUGUCCUUGCAAAGCAAGAGUAGCAGAUCCGUCCAUGGAAGGCUUGGCCAGAAAGGGACGGGUGUCCAUCUGUCCUUAUAUAGCUGGAUGAGCAGCUCUGUCCAUUUGUCCUCAACAGAUCAGGAAAGGGGAUAGCAUCUUGAUGUCCUAUAAGAAUAUCAGGAUGAGAAGGCGACCCAAGAAUUAUCUGUUAAUAAGGACAGACACAUCUGAAGAUAGCAAUGCAAACAGAAAGCAGAUUCAUUUGUCUGUCCAGCGACACCAUCUGUUUGUUUGUCCUUGCGUGAUUGCAGUUCUAUAUCUGUCCAUCUGGCAAUCAUUGAUAUUACGUCCAAUUUUUAUUGUGUAUGUAAGGUAGCGCAUACAUGAAAUUACAGAUAUUGUGUUUUUUGGGGAAAAAAGUGUUUAAGAACAACUUGUUUGUGAUGUAUUUACCUGUUUGGUCAUUCUGUGGGUGACAGUCUAGGAGUAUAGGUAUGACAUACAUGGUACUGUAUAAAGCACUAUGUCAUCAGCCAUUUCAUUGGUCAUAAAACUUACAAAGCAGAAGAAAUGGCACACUUCCGAUAAUCUACAAAGUGGAAAAUGCUUCAGAUAUACUACUAGAUCAUCAGCCCUUUCACAAAUACUUUACGUCACACCUCUUGGUUCCAUUGCUAUUUUCCACCCUCUUUAUGUUGUACAGUCUUAUUUUAAUUAAUAAGGUAUUAUAUACUGUCUGUGAUUUCCUCAAAGGAAAACUUUUCUUUUAAUAACGAUAUGUUCAAGAUGAAUUUCCCAAACAGUGGUAGCGAUAUUCAGAUGAAGUUUUGAAGGGGAACAAAGGGUUUGUUAUAAAUAACAUUUGAUGAAAAUGGCUGUAAGUUGUAAAGUAAAAAAAUCAUUUUUCAUUUGAGAAAGUUUUCAUCAUUAUUAAGAAUUAAACAUUGAUAUCUAAGCUUCCAGUAAAAAUAUAUUUAAAUUGUUAAGCCUUUAUUAAUAUAAUGAUUUGAUCCUAACUAAGAUAUUUUUAACUCUCUGUUUCAUUCCUAUACCUUAUGACAUCAAGGGAAAUAUAUGAUAGUGCAUGUUUAUGUAUUUAACUUUCCUUAGGGAAUUUCAAUUUAAAACUUUGCAAGAUUUCAAACUAUCAGUUGUUCACAAGUACAAUACAUAUUUUCUUACUGAUCAAACUUUAAAAAGGUCCAUUGACCACAGUAAAGAAAUGUCCUAAUUUGGAAGUCAGUUUCUCAUUGGUCGAGUGAGAUGACAAAUCAAUGAUAUUCUUUUAUCUGAUUGGAUAUGAAAUCAUACAAAAUUUUACUUAAGAAUUUCUGAAAGUCUGUACAUUUAUGAUUUACAUUGAAAAUGUAAAAGUCUAAUGUGUUAGUAUUAUUGUUAUUUAUUAUGAGUAGUCUGUUAUUGUUGCCUUGUAGAUUCUCUAGCUAUAAUGAAAUCCGUGUCGAUAGAGAAGAUUUUACUUUGUACAGAAACAUUGGCUUUCUGUGGUAACUGUUCAGCAACAUUGCCUACACCAGUUUCAAGAUUGCAAAAAAAAAAUUUGAAAAAAAUUGCAAAUUCAAUGCAUUUCAUUUAAUGCACUAAUGUUAGAAUAUGUUUUAAAUUUUAUCAGUACAUCUAUGCAAAUUUUAAUCUGGCUUAAUAUUCGCUUUUUAAGGAAUAUAUAUAUAUGUGUGUUUUACAUUGCACUAAAAGUAUUGCCUUAAACAAAGUGGAUUUUGCAAUUUUGUUGCUAUGGCUACCACAGAAAUGGCGGAUGUUGAGACAGUUGAUUUGUAUGUAUAAUCAAGUGUUUGUUCCUGUUGAAGCUUAUAAUGUGUCGAGUCUGGAGUUUACGUUGAAUUAUAAUUGUCAACACCUUAUCAGAGGCCCGUGAUAUGUAUGUAUAGAAACAUUGUAUAACGAUGGAUGUGAACGUCCAAAAGUCCCUAGCUUUACCAUACAACGUGUGCAAUACUACGUAUAAUACUGUGUCUGCUGCACCUGUGUAUGGAUCUUGUCGUUGAUGACUUAAUUUUUGUUGGAAUUUUAUUUUCAAAUACUUCUAUUAUUCAGACAAACAAUACUCAAGGAGGGAAACUGUAGUUCAUACUCUGAUAUAUUCUAAAAACAUUUUGCUCACACUUUAUGGAAACUAGGUUUUGAUUGUGCUAAUAUUUCAGACCUGAUAUUCAUAACAGUAAGCAUAUUGUAUCUUGAUUAGGAAAAGGUCUUUUCUGGAUUGCUUCAAGAAUAAAGGUUUAUCAGAACACAGCACAAGAUUCCUUUAUACCUAGAAACAGAUUGUUCUGAUGUAUCAGAUUUUAAUGGUACCUAUAACAAGUUGUUCUGAUGUAUCAGAUUUUAAUGGUACCUAUAACAAGUUGAGAUCUAUUAAUUCAGCAAAAUGUUUUAGUAGUGAAAUGGUAUGAUUUUGACUUUAAAACCAUGAAAACGUUUUAGAAAAAUCCUUACCCAAAAAAUUACAAAGUUGUCGAGAGUAAGUAUUUCCUAUGUCUUUCAUAUAUUAUUAUUAUAAUGGAUAUUAUGAUGAACCCCUGAAGUUUAAUCUCAACCUACUGGGUGGUUGUGAAACAUGCUGUUUCUUCUUUUCUUCCAAAAUAUUCCUAGAAGUAUAUAUAAGUUUACGUAGACAUGAGGCUCGUGAGUAGAUGGAGAGGGUACUAGGGGUGGGGUUAUA